AUGGAUGACGUCGCCAAGUCCUACGGCGUCAAGUUCCCGCCCUAUACCCCAAUCGACUCCUUGCGCGAUGAACUGGGUAUCAUGUUCGGCUUCAUCGCUGCCUGCGUUCUGACCGUGGGUGUAUAUUAUGUGCUUUGGCAGGCCAUCCAACGCCGCGAAGCCGUCAAAGACGAGGCCCGCCGCGCAGAGCUGCGCGCUCGCGGCUUCCACCACGAACGAGGCGGCUACCACGAGAAGAUGCUGAAUCGCUUCAACACCAACGCCGAUCAGUCCCAGGCCCAGCUCCAGUUUCUGACUCAGCCUUCGUCUCUGCAUUCGUCGCCGACGCCGAGGACCGCUGCGGCGGGUGCAAGGAACACAACGAAUAGAGCUCUGGACGACGACGAUGAUGACGAUGAUGUUGUUAGCUGGAGGAGGGUCCUGAUCUGA